AUGUUAUGGUUUGCGUCGCUGUUCUGUUGCUUAAUUUUGGCCCAAGAUAUUGGUAACGCUGCUGAAACAGAAAAACCCAGUGAAACACAGUCAUGCAAUCCUGACAUGUGUGAUCUACUGAGAGAGUUUGGUGCCAUGACAGAAUAUCUCAGAGCUGUGGAAACCAGGCUGACGGACAGUGAAACCAGGCUGACAGACAGUGAAACCAGGCUGAAGGAAAGUGAAAACCAGAUUUUGGAACUGAGGAACAAAGAAGGAACCAAGGUGAUUUUCAGUGCAGCAACAGGAGGAGGAGAUAGACACAUUGGACCCUUCAACACAGACACAACCUUAAUCUACAGAACAGUGAUAACAAACAUCGGCAAUGCCUACAGUCCGUCCACAGGUAUCUUCGUUGCACCUGUUGCAGGUGCUUAUUACUUCACCAUCUUCUUACACGCUGGAGGAAGCAACACGGCAGCAUUGUUUCUCUACAAGAACAAUCACUACAUGCUCAUGACCCAUGAUUUCCCGACAAAUGCUGACAGAGCUGAUACUGGAGGAAACGCAGUGUUACUGCAGCUGCAGCGAGGAGACCAGGUGUAUGUGCGCAUGGCUGCACAUACACAUGUUUGGGGAUCCGACUAUCAUACAACCUUCAGUGGUUUUCUGGUCACUCAAAUGUGA